GGCAUCUGCCUUCCUCUUCCGCCACUACCUGAGGACACUGCUUGCUCUGCCCUCUGUGCCAGACUCAGGCUCCCGCCCAGGCAGCAAGCAGCAGCCCUCACCAUGGAGCAGCUAAGUGUGGCAAACACCCGGUUUGCACUGGACCUCUUCCGCACCCUGAAUGAGAAGAACCCUGCUGGAAACAUCUUCAUCUCUCCCAUCAGCAUUUCAUCCGCGCUGGCCAUGGUCUUUCUGGGGGCCAGAGGCACUACUGCCGCACAGAUGUCCAAGACUCUUCAUUUUGAUGCGGUUAAGGAGAUUCAUUCAGGAUUUCAGAGUCUGAAUGCUGACAUCAACAAGCGUGGAGCUCCCUACGUUCUGAAACUUGCUAACAGGUUAUACGGAGAAAAAAGCUACAAUUUCCUCCCUGAGUUCUUAGCUGCAACUCGGACGGCGUACGGCGCUGACCUGGCGAGUGUGGACUUCCAGCGCGCCUCUGAAGGUGCCAGACGCGUGAUCAACGAGUGGGUCAAAGGGCAGACAGAAGGGAAAAUUCCUGAAUUGCUGGCUACAGGCAUGGUUGAUAACAUGACUAAACUGGUGCUGGUUAAUGCCAUCUAUUUCAAAGGAAGUUGGCAGGAGAAAUUCAGUGAAAAGGCCACGACCGAUGCGCCCUUCAGAUUGAAUAAGAAAGACACAAAAACAGUGAAAAUGAUGUAUCAGAAGAAGGAAUUUCCAUAUGGCCGCAUCAGGGAGCUUAAGUGCCGUGUGCUGGAACUGCCUUACCAAGGCGGGGAGCUCAGCAUGGUCAUCCUGCUGCCAGAUGACAUCGAGGACGAGGCCACGGGUCUGAAGCAGAUCGAGGAACAGCUGACUUUGGAAAAACUGCAUGAGUGGACCAAACCCGAGAGGCUGCAUCUCACUGAAGUCAAUGUCCACCUGCCCAGGUUCAAGCUGGAAGACAGCUACAACCUCAACUCUCCCCUGGCCCGCCUGGGUGUAGAGGAUCUCUUUAAUAGCAAGGCUGAUCUGUCUGGCAUGUCAGGAGCCAGAGAUCUUUUUGUAUCACAAAUUGUCCACAAGUCUUUUGUAGAAGUGAAUGAGGAGGGAACAGAGGCGGCGGCUGCCACUGCACUCAUUGUAAUUGGUUGCUCCAUGUCUAUGCCAGAGGAACAUUUUGUGGUUGACCAUCCGUUCAUUUUCUUCAUUCGACACAACCCCUCAACUAACAUCCUCUUCUUAGGCAGACUUGCUUCCCCUUAGAGUCUGUGGAAAUACAAGACCAAGCUCAGGGCUUCACUACCCCCACUUUCAAUGGUGAUAGUUUUUAUAUAGCUUUAGCAAUAAAACUCCAUCUCAAAACAAAUUUUUUAUUUGCUCUCAGGCCAGCUCUGUUGGCUGUCUAUACCCAUGAACUUUGGCAGGGGUAUCAAUUUUCCUUUUUUAUAUUGAAAAUUUUCUGUGAUUGCUUUUUAAUGCAUCACUCAGAUGUGGAGAUUCUUCGAUAUGGUAAUCUGUGGAACUGCCAUACUCCCUGGUAGCCUUGCAGAAGUAAAAUGUUACAAUCAGUUUCAGAGAUACUUCUGGAAGAAAUACUAGAGAGACACUCUGAUUGUUGAAGAGAGGCUUAAAAACUUACUCAAUUGAAAUAUAGGAGAGCAGACUGUUAACGGUAAGAUUAUGAAGACAGAUUUGCCUUGGCCAGUGUUUCUGACCCUUUGUUCGACAGGAUUUGUAUUCCAUUAGAGCUUUUUUUUUUUUUUAAAGCUAUUAUAGAGCUACUUGGUAAUAAUUUUCCUUUUUUAUUUUCCUUUAACCCACCUGAUAUGUAGUUUGUGUGUGAUUGCAAGGAGUCGAGAAGUUGGUGUCUUAUCAUAAAAGAUGCCAAGAAACUGGAAAAAGGAAAAUGUAGGAGAGACUGUUAAGCAGAAAUGAGGGGCAGAGAUCUCACUGUUAACCAGCUGCUUCUGUGUUUUCUGAAAAAGUCUCUUGUCUUCCAUCAUCAGAUACAUGUUAUAGCAAUGGGAUGGCUUCUGCAGUGCUGGAUGUGGGGGAGGGAGCUCUUUAAUUAAUAUAAACCUUUGUUUAUAUAUAAACCUUCGUAUAUAUAUACCAAUAUACUCCUUGGAAUCUGUCCUGAAAUGCUACAUUUUCUUAUUUCCACAAAGCUGAUGGGAUGACUAAUAAAGUUUCCUAAGGUUCUGCUAGCCAGACUAAUCUUAGUACUCUUCUUGUUUCUACCCGAUCUCAAAAAAUAGGACUAUACUAGGGCUCAUGGACUGACAGUACUGACAUCCAUGAUGGUAGUGGGUGACUCCAUGGAAUAAAAAGAAUAUUUUAACAAGUCUUCUGUUGGCAAGCUUUC